AUGCAACAAAACGCGCUGGUUGCCCUCCUCAUUGGAAUCACCUUGGUAGUGAUUGGUACAGGAUGGGCCGGCCACUGCAUCUAUGACAGACAUGUCAGACUUGGAAUCAAAAACGACCGCGCCCACGUGCAAGGUCAAAACGGGCCUCGAGAUCUUGAGAGAGGACACGGAAGCCGCCACAUACCUGACUACACGCACGAUGCAUGGAUCCGGCCCUCGCGGAAACAACGGACUCCGUACAUCGCAAAACCCGGCUAUGUUACGUACAAGUUGGUCAAUAGGGGUGUGAAUACGGACUGGACUCAGCAUGACAGUCGACCGCAUCAGGAGGAUAAAAAUCCCUUUUAUCGCAAAGGUUCACCAGCGCCGAGACAGAAACAGCGGAAACAGCAGCAAGGCUAUGGAAAUAAGAGCCAGGGGAAAAAGAAGCAGAGGUGGAAGAACAAACAGAACAAGAAAAACCGCCAGAACAAUCAAGAUCAUUCAUACUGGGGGAACACCAACAACUAUCAAGGAAACCAGAACGACACAACCUGGGAAAACACUAACAAUAACGAUAAUAAUGACGGAGGCGGUUAUCAGAAUGGCAAUGCCAACCAGUCCCACAAAGGCAGUUCAUCCCAGAAGGAAGACAACCCGGAUGAAUGGCGGCCGAAGAGCAAUCAAUCCAGGAAGAGCCACUCACAAAAUCAAGAUGGAUCAGAUCGUCAAUAUUCCAAAAACAGCUGGGGCGGCAACCGCAACGAAAAUGACCGACAGUCACAUCGAACCAGCCGAGGGAUCCCUCAGCGUCGUCAUAGCCUUAUGAAUUAUGGCGAUGCCAUGGACUCACAAGUGGGUUGGGGCAGUAAGAAAGAAGAUGGAGGAGAGCCAGAAGUCGUAUGGUAG